AAGCUCAACUCCAUAAAUGUUUUUUUUUAAAAUACUCGUUGGAUUAGAUGGUCGGAACACAUCACCUGUUAUGCCAACCAGUCUCAACACAUCUUCAACUACCCAGCUACGAUACCAUCACGUUCGCGCACAAGUAAGAGUCUUAACAGUAGUAGCAUCAUCACCCGAACGAAGAUGCAGAGCCGGUCAAAAUUUUCAUCUCCUAUUGAUCAGCAUUUUCCAUCCAGCGACCUCAAAGUGGCGGCUUAGCCAUCAUCGGCCGAGCGUUCUAGUCCCGCGCCAAUAGAUGGGUUGUUCCGUUAUCUCCUACUUAGUCUUCUUUUCGCCACCUUAAAUUCAUUCUCGAAUGCUGCCUUAGUUGUUGUGUAUCAAUUCUGCUACCUAGUUCCGGUGUGAAGAACCUAGGUAGUUGAGCGAUGCCGUUGGGUCCGGUUGAUAAUGGCUCCAAACAUAGAGCCCCUUCUACGACUCGCGAAAAUGCUUCUUUAACCCCUGCCGAAUCAACCUCGUAUUCAGAUGGCACUUCUACAAGCAGCUCAAGUUCCAAAGGGUCUAGGACAUAUGUCCAUAUUCAAAGCUCCAUGGAAAGUCGACCGGCUCCAGAAGUUAAGCCACUUGAUGGCGCCAGAGAACGGACACCUAUGGGCGCACGAGUCCAUCCUGUAUAUACGGCGCCAAAACCAGCAUUACGCUUUGUCAACAUCACAGACCCAAAGCAAACCAAGACAGACAGAUUCAAGACGGAUGUGCGCAGUCAGGCUAUGACUAGUCACAUGUGGAACAAAGGAACUCGUCCACAAGGAAUCACGAAAAAGGACUCAGUGCCCGCGCCUGGCUCCUCUCUCGCCGCCCUCAAGAAGCGUAUCCUCGAAGACGCCAAGGCUCUGCGCGAGUCCAAUGAUGAUAUUGAGGAAGUCGAGUCAUACGGUAGCAUACUACUUCGACGUGCUCCUGAGAUGGACGGCUAUAAGAACGACCCAUUUGGUCUAUUCCCCACCAUCGAGGGCGAUAUUCAUGUGAAUGUUCCCCAAUUGGUGCAUCACGGCAUUCGAAUGUAUUCGACCGAUCAUAUCGACAUCCUAUCAUUUUGGACUCAUUCAAUUGACCCCCUGACCAUUAUUCCAAGUAUGCUCGUCAUCUCCGAGCACAUUGACCUCCUCAAUGGCUUGUCUCGUGACAGCAGGAGAACAGUCGCCUUACGAUCGAAGUCCUUGUCACUUCUCAAUGAUCAUCUACAGAACCCCGCAAGUAUUGAUGACGACUUGACGAUAAUGACGAUAACGAAGAUGUUGUCCUCGGAGCAAAUCACUUAUGGCGACGGCGUAAAGGUGCAUCAGAGCGCGCUACAGGGCGUAGUAAAUGGGAGAGGUGGUCUACUGGUGAUGCAACAAAAGACACCAUUCAUGGGACCCUAUGUUACAAGUGUUGUUCUCUAUCAUUGUGUGAUACAUGAAAUACAACCAGCACCACACUGGACCAACUUCCCACCACAUCAGUACCGGUUUGCCACCACGAUAGCGCAUCAAGGCGCAAAGCAUGCAGACCUUCAUGGAGAUAGUUCAAGUGCAAGCGUCUAUUCUCCUCACAUGAAGCGUGGACCAAAAAUGGGCUUCAUUGGCCAAUUGGUCGAGCCCUUCGCCGACCCCUCAGAGCUCGUUGAGUUCCUCCCUAUCCGCCAAAGUAAAUACUUCUCCAAACACGCACACGACCUGCUCAUUACCCUCCGAAACACCAUAAACAUUUUUCUUGACCUCUCCGAUGACGCUCGACAGUCCGACGCGCUACAUCGAAAACCAUCCACCAUGGAGGACAUCCAAUCAGACCUCAAAGCUGUCCUCCUCCACACCCAGCUCUUGCCUUCGGCCGCAGAUCUAUCUUCACAGAACCCCGUCGCCGGAGACUGGCUGUAUGAAUGCUGCCGUCUGACCUGCCUCGUCGCAUUCACAUUCAUGUAUCUACGCAUACCCUUCUCACAAUCAAACCACCUUCUCGCCGAGCGCUACUCGUCCGUGCUCCCAACCACAGCCUUUGGCGCUGCGCUGCUACGAACCGAUCUCACCAACCUCUGGAGCGAUAUGUCGGCGAUUCUCACGUUUCUAGUCAUUAUCAUGGCCGCAGCAGCGGCGAAGAUCACGCCUGCGAGUAAAGAGCAUGAUUAUAGAGCGCGCAAGUGGAUCAUCAUGACGUAUAUGCGGUCCUGUAUCACGCUGGGGUUUGAGCCGGGAUGGGCAUUCAAUGGGUUGUUGAGGCUGCUUGUUGAUGUUCAGGCUCAGCUCACAGAGGGCCAAGACGAGUUAUGACGCUCCGGAGGGCGUUGCUUUGGACGUCGAUUUCUGCUGUUACGCAUAGUGAUGCUUUCGAUCUUUGUAUACCCUUCCUUGUUGAUAUCCCAUCCAACCCCUAUCUCACCAUCGCAAGACCUCUUCAUAGCACCCUCGUCGCAAUUGGCUUCCACUCCCCGAUCCCACGAUCCGUCGGCACAAGCCAUACGACACCUCCCUC